AUGGAUGAUUUGAUUUCUCGUUUACGUCAACGAGAUGAGAUAUCUAAAACCGAUCAAAGCUUUAACGAGUUGUGUCAAACCUCAAACGAGAUUUUGUUCGAAUUACUUGAAUUAAAGGAUAAAACGCGUUUUGAAGAUAAAUUAAAGCAAGAAAUUGUUCCAUAUCAAGAAGCAGAGGACGUUAAUGCACUAAAGGCUGAUAUUAAAAGGCUUUCUAAAGAGCAUAAAGAUACAGUUAAAAAAUUGAAAGAUAUAGAAUCCCAAAUUAAAGAACUAAUUGAUUUUGUUGAAAUCAAAUCAACAGAGAUAUCUUCUUUAUUGCUAAAGAAUAGUAAACUUCAGAAAGAAUACGAUGAAUUGCAAGAAAAUCUGAAUUCUGCAAAUGCAAUUUUAUCAAAUUUAUCGAAUUCUAUUGUUUACAAGAUAAAAACCAAAGAUUCAUUGAUAACACAGCUCUAUGAUUAUGAAAAUACACUACAAAAAUGUAAAAAUUCAAUGCAAAGUAUAAAUAAUAGAAUCGAACUUCUUAAAAAGAAGUCAUAUUCUUCUUUACUAGUACGGAGCUUCCAAAUUCCAAAUCAAAGUAAUGAUUUUCCAGCAAAUCUUAAAUCUCAUCGAUCCAAAAAGCGAAAGACAUAUGAUAUUUAUAAUUAUAUGUCAUCAUCAACAGAUCAAUGUACCAACAAGUUCAAUUUUACAAAUCAAAUUUAUUCCAUUGAUUUUUCACCUUCAAAUCCAUAUGCUGCCAUUGGUGGUGCUGACAGGUGCGUCCAUAUUAUACGUCUUGAUAAAAUGGAAAUAUCAGCAAAUUACUAUACCGCCAAAAACGGAAUUAUGGCAGUCAAUUAUUCUCCAACAGGAAGUAAGUUACUUUCAGCGUCAUUCGACCACAAUAUAUCCAUAUAUGAAGGUACAGGAUCGUCAAUGCUCUUUUCUACGUCUUUGCAUCAAGAUGCAAUUAAUGACGCAAUUUUUACAUCAGAUUAUGCUCUUUGCUCAGCUGGAAGAGACUGUAUGAUCUAUAACUUUGAUAUUAACAAAAAGGCUACAAAAGCUUCUCUUAGAUGCCAAAGUACUCCUCAAUCUUUGAAUCUUCAGAUGGAAGGCAAUCUUUUACUUUGCGGACAUAGAGACGGGAAGCUUAGAUACUGGGAUAUGUUCAGCGAUAAGUGUGCCAUAGAAAUUCAAGCUUGUCGUUCUGAAAUUGUACAAGUAUUGAGCAAUGAACCAGAAAACCUGGUAUUUACUAUUAGCAGAGCAAAGAAUAUCUCGAGCUUUGAUAAAAGAAUGCCUGAGAGAAAAUUAAUUCAGCAAACAAUUCCAAAUCUGAUGAUAUAUGAUCAUUUACAAGCAGCUGUAUAUAAGAAUAAUAUUUAUAUCGGUGGUCAGAACAAAACAUUAAAGAUUCUUGAUCAAAAUACACUCAAAGAAACAAAACCUUUCAAUUCUGAUCACGAGGCAGAUAUUUGUGCAGUAUCUGUCCAUCCAAUCUUAGGAACAAUCAUAACAGGAGAUGUUUCCGGCGGAGUAUGCGUGUGGAGCUAA